UCGCAGGCAGAGCGGUUUCUGUUUCCGUUCUGCAUGCAGUACCAAUAGUGGAGCAGUUUUGUUUUCUCGUGAAAAGCGAUCCAGGGCGAUGGCAUUGGUUACGACAUUAUCACGGUUUAUAUAAAUAAGGGAGUGGUAAGGGACAGCAGAGCGACCUCAUAUUGGCCACAAAAAGACGGAGGACAGCCGUACCAUGGAUUCUGAUGAAGGUGCAGUUAUUAAGCACAGGCUGAAGCAACUAGAAUGCCACUUCACAUGGGGCCUGGAAGACAAUAUUAUUGAUUUUCAGAAUGUUCUGGAGAAAUUACAGGAAUACAUAGAGCUGAAGGCUGAAAAAUGUCCAGGAAUAGGAAGAUGCUACAAUCUUUUGGCUUAUUUGCAAAGGGACAAUGAAAAUGCCAUCAACAUUUGUAAGCAAGCAGUAGACCAUACCAAAAAGAUAUAUGAACAUGAUUUUGAAAAGAUGGUCUUGGUUACUUACAGCAAUUUUGCCUGGAUCUACUAUCACUUAGGAGAGCUGAGCAAAGCCCAAAGCUUUUUGUCACAAAUAGAAAAUAUCUGUAAAAAUAUCCCAUCAGCCUCUCGCUAUUCUGCUCCUAUUUCUGCAGUACAUGGAGAGAGAGGAUGGUGCUACUUGAAAUUCCCAAUGACAUACCUUGAUAAAGCAAAAGCUUGCUUUGAGGAGGCCCUAGAACAAGAGCCAGAUAACAAAGAGUGGAACAAUGGCUAUGCUAUAGCUUUAUAUCGGCUUGAGAAAAAUUGUACAACUACGGCAGAAGACUCACAAGCCCUGAAACAACUAAGGCGCGCCUUGGAGCUGAGCCCUGAAGAUGCUUUUGUCAUGGUGCUCUUAGGACUUAAAUUUAUAUCCCUUAAACAAGAAGGAGAAGGAAUGGAGUUAAUUGAAAAAGCUCUGAAACUUGCACCUGAUGAUCUCUACGUGAUUCGGUAUGUGGCGAAGGCGUUCCGAAACGUUAGGCUUGUGGAUCAAUCUCUGAAGUUGUUAUCUGAGGCUUUGGAAAAGGCCCCAACUUCAGUGUUUCUGCUACAUCAGCUUGGUCUUGGGUACAAAUAUAAAGCUGUUAUGUUACAAAAUGAGAGUGAUCCUGCACAGAGAGCAGAGACUGACAAAGUCAUUCAGAAGGGCAUUCUUUAUUUGGAGACAGCAGCUAUGCUCAGGCCAUCCUUUAUAUUUGCACAAAUGGAUUUGGCAUUGAUGUAUGCAUUAUCCAAAAACAUUGAUAGAGCAGAUGAAAUUUAUCAGAAAGUAUUUAAAAUGAAGAAUAUUACUUUAGAAAACAUUACAACACUACACCUCUAUUAUGGAAACUUUCUUUUCUACCACAAAAAAUGCAAAGAUCUUGCCAUUGAUCAAUACAAAAAAGCUUUAGCUGCUUCAAGAACAGAAGAAGAGAAAAACAGAAUUCUGAACAAACUGGAAAACAUUGCUAAAAAGCAGCUUUCAAGGGGACCGCAAGAAGGGCAAUCCUAUGCUCUGCUAGGCCUCGUUCAUCAGCACAGAAAUAAAAAAGCCUCAGCAGUUGAAUACUUUGAGAAAGCCUUACUCCUUGACCCGGGUAAUGAAGAAUACCUAAAUGCUCUUUACAAACUUCAAAUGUCGCUUGACUAAGAUUACAAUGAUGGAAGUCUGUGAUUUGUCUUAACAGUAUGCUAUAUAGUGAUGUAUAUAGUGAUGUGCAUGAAAAUAUUCUUUUAAUUCAUUCUGCCUUAAAAAUCUGAAUGUUUUCAGUUAAUGAAUGCUGUUGUCAAUGUGUGUGUUAAUUAUCUUCUCCUAAUGAAGCAUUUAUAGUACCAUAAUUGAAAGAUGCACUGAAACGGACAGUCUUUGCAUUGUGACUCUGCGCAAUUCUUGUACUCUGUUGGCAUUUAACUUUGUCUGGCCUUAAUGUCUUUAUGACACACAUAUGUGCAUGCAAAGUAUUAUCUAAACAAACAUAUAUUAUUGUGUGCUUUAUAGUCUUAAGUGCUUUGUGAAAGUUCACUACAGUAUAUAAAAUGAGGUAUGGCCACCAGGGGGCACUCCAGCUCUCCAAACACCUGACACAGACAGGCUUGGACACAAGUCAUAGCAAAUGAGAAGAUUUUGUUAUUGUGGCUCGUGGGAAACUCUUGAAGCAAGUGCUUCCCAUCUCAGUCACAA